AAUUCUAUCUUCAUAACAAAAUAACUUUGAAUGUGACCAAAACAUUGCCCAAGCCUUAUUCCAUAGUCCAAUUUAAUUACUUUUCCUUGUCCCUUAGCAUAUAAAAUGAAGAUAUGGAUGCCAAUUACCAUGCAAAUUUGGCCUGUCUUCUAAUUUGUCGCGUAAAAAACUACACAAUCUUACUAGCUACGGUAAGCAAAUUCUUUCUAUAAACCAUAUGCAAGCAACCCCUUGGAAGAGCCAAGCCAAAUUCUACCCUGAAUUUCUUAAAACAAGAGCUGCUUAUUUUUUAACUCUAACUGAUCCAUAUCCGUUUCCAUGGAUGGCUCAUGUAACCAUUAUUCCAUCUCGUUGAGCUCGGUCUGGCUAACUUGCUUCUGUUUUUGCUUUAUUUUCGUCUCAGCAGAGCUUCACCGAUUUGAACACCCAGUCAAAGCCGAUGGGUCACUUAGCUUUUUCGUGAUAGGAGACUGGGGAAGAAAAGGAGCUUAUAAUCAAUCCCAAGUGGCUCUUCAGAUGGGGAAGGUUGGGGAGAAACUAAGCAUAGACUUUGUGGUCUCAACUGGGGACAAUUUUUAUGAGAAGGGGCUGGCUAGCCCAUAUGACCCUGUGUUCAAAGACUCAUUUACCAAAAUCUACACUGCAAACAGCCUAAAGAAGCAGUGGUAUAGUGUUUUGGGCAACCACGAUUACAGGGGAGAUGUGCAGGCACAAUUGAGCCCCAUUCUGAGGAGGAUAGACAGCAGAUGGCUUUGCCUACGAUCUUUCAUCGUUAAAACAGAAAUUGUGGAAUUUUUCUUCAUCGACACGACUCCAUUUGUUGAUCAGUACUUCCAAAACCCAAAGCACCAAAAAUUUGACUGGAGAGGAGUGAUUCCCAGGAAGAAAUACCUCAGGCGGGUUUUGAAGGAUCUGAGAUCGGCGCUGAGGGAGUCAGUUGCUAACUGGAAAAUAGUGAUUGGCCAUCAUCCCAUCAGAAGCAUUGGGCACCAUGGCGAGACCAAGGAGCUCAUAAUGCAGCUUCUACCAAUACUUGAGGCAAACAAUGUCGAUAUGUACAUAAAUGGGCAUGAUCAUUGCUUGGAACACUUGAGUAGCAUCACAAGCCAACUCCAAUUUUUCACCAGUGGAGGAGGUUCAAAGGCAUGGAAGGGUGACUUUCAUUAUUUAGACGGAGAUGAAAUGAAAUUUUAUUAUGACGGCCAAGGAUUCAUGUCUGUUGAGCUAACUGCAACCGAUGCAAAGAUUGUCUUCCAUGAUGUUUUUGGCAAAGUUCUGCAUAGCUUAGAUCUAUCCAAGCAACCCUACACUGCAAUGUAGGUUUUUAUUUUGAGAAUGAAGAAUCAUAUGACCAAUUUUUAAUAAAGUUUUACAUCAAUUUUGGUCUCCAGAGGAAAAUUGAUCUAGCGAGUCACUGCUUUAGAAGGGAGAACAUCCAAAACUUUUUGUGAAAAUGGAAAGAGGAUAUGGAAGUAACAUUAAAGAACCUGGUCUGAAUGCUCGCUUUUCAAGAGUUAAACGUACCCCGAAUAUUCAUUUAAUGAGAGUAAAAACGAGAUAAAAUUUGACUUAAUCUCAGAGUAUGAUAGAUUUGUGACUUCCUUCAAAACGACCCAAAAUUAUCCGACUUUGGAAGAUUGUUUUUAAAUCAUACAGAAUAAUCUUAUGACAUAAACAAACGCCCCUUAAAGAUAUGCAAAAACAUCAAAUAUAACCAGUCAAGUAAAAUACCAAAGAAAACAAGCAAUAAAAACUUACGCGGUUUAAUCGCUUAAUUGGAUUCUUUGCAUUAUGCAUCAAGGUCUUUCAUGCAAAAAAUAUUCAGUUUUCCUUUGGUAACACAAUAGUAUCCAAAAUUCUGAAUUUGAUGUGAUGUCCCAACACCCAAAUUCCACAACCAAUUAAGACAAUCGACACUUUUAUAAAGUUCCGGAAUGCUUGACACAAUGAGUCAAAUUGGACAAUAAAACUCACUUAAAUGCAGUGCUGCAAAGCUUGCCAAUCAAAAAAACCAAAAAAAGAAAUCAUUCUUCCAAUACCCAUGGCGAUGUUUAAGACUGUACUUUUGUCUCUCCCCGAUAUAGUUUAGGGGUGAGUAAAUGAUCAAUUCGGUCGGUUCGAUUUGAAAAAAUCAAUAACCGAUUUAAUCGACUUUCAUUUAACAAAUAACCGAACCGACCAAAUAUUAUUAAAUAACCGACCAUAACCGAACCGAUCAAAAUCGGUUCGGU